AUGUCGCGAUCAUUAUCUCAAAAAAUCUACUCCGACGUCUUUGCGCGCUGGCCAAAGCAAGCCCUUCGUCCCGAUCACCAACUCCAAGAUGUCCUAGGUAAAGCCGUAACCGAGCGAUUCCAGAACUAUAAGCCCUCGAUGGAGCGCGAGGAGCUUCUCAAGGCGCGGGCGCUUCAAUUCCUUCUCCAAGACCGAUAUAACGAUCGAUUCAAGCUUAAGGGUAGAUUACUGGAGCCAAAGAGUCAACCAACAUACUUUGCGGAUCUAGUAAGGGAAAUUGACGAAGCGCCGAACAGGUCAUGGUUGGAGAGAUUGGGCAAGCGAUUAACAGGAAUGAUUCGGUUUCAGUAA